GUAUACCAAAAUGUGAUGUCCGUCUGGGUUGGCGGGACUCCUGUCCUCGUGCUUUCUGUGGAUUUCUUGUUUGCAACAUUCAUUCAUUUGGCUACCCAGGUGACAUCUCGACGGCUAUGUCAAGCUGGGGUUGUAUAUCGACUACACGGUGAUAUGAUAUCUCUUGAGAAUAUCUGAAGCACUCGACCACUCUUUUAAUUCCCACUUCAUACACGUCCUGAUAACUAUAAUGACACUCUUUCCAUCUUCUCACUUAUACACUCGUUUAAAAGAUACUAUUCCCGCUGUUCUACCAUGGGGUCAACGCAACUCCUCCACCAAAGGUGACCCUCGAAAGAGCGUGAAGUGGAUCGAUGGCCUACGUGGGAUCGCCUCCUUCCUAGUAAUAUUGACACACCUCGCCCGAGCAUGGGACUACGAUCUCUUUUCUCCUCGAGACACCGAAGACGAGAGUCCACGAAUCUUACAAUGGCCCAUCCUGCGUAUUCCUUGGCAAGGCCGUCUCGGUGUCACUAUCUUUGCGUUUCUUACGGGCUACGUAUGUGCCCUCAAGCCAUUGAAGCUCUCGCGAGCUGGGAAUACGACCGCUGCAUUCACUACAAUCGCUAAGAGCGCCUUCCGAAGACCACCAAGACUUAUUUUUCCGGCCACCAUUGCCUUGGUGAUAUCAUGGACAGUUGCCCAAUUCGGCGGAUUCACUGUUGCCAAUCGCUCCGACAGCUGGUGGUGCCGAUAUGCAGCCCCAGACUUGGAAGAUUCUCUCUGGAAAGAGAUCGUUCGGUUGGGGAAGAACUUUUUGUCGACUUGGACGACCGGAUAUAUGGCAUACGACGAUCACCAGUGGGCUCUUUUACCUUUGCUCAAGGCCUCGAUGCUGGUCUUUAUUCUUCUUGUCGCGACGAUGUCUAUGCGAUUCAGAUACCGAGUCGCCGUAUACAUAGGGAUGCUGCUGUAUUAUCACCAAGAUGCCGCGAAAAACACGGAAACGUUCCAAAUGCAAGCUAUCUUCGGCGUCCUUCUCAGUGAUCUCUCAUACUCUACCACUCUGAAAGACUGGGUAGAAUCCCAUCGCUAUACUCGGAAGCUCAUUACCAUGCCCCUCGCGAUUGCCGGUCUCCUAAUCGCCUCCUACCCAGGCGAACACCCAGAAUGGAUGCCCUGGUCGAACUUCAUGUUGCAGCUAUCAAGAUAUAUUUUUCCAGCAGAUGUGAACAUCGGAAAGCGCUACUCGGCCAUCGGCGUGGACCUCAUCAUCCUAGCAAUCUACCUCUCUCCCUCAACCAAAGCCUUUCUCGCAAAUCGACUGUUGCUAUGGCUUGGAAAGCAGAGUUUCGCGGUAUAUCUCAUCCAUGGGACUAUGUUGCGUGUUGUCCUUUGCUGGAUGUUGUACGGAAUUAGUGGUCAGCCAUGGGAAGGAGGUGAAGCUGCCACUGAUGAUUCGCGGGACUGGCUGCCACUACGACCGCCAUGGGUUGUUGCUGUUAGUAUACCGGUAUGGAUCGGACUGGUGUAUGCUCUUGCAGCGGCCUGGACAGCAUAUGUUGACCCGUUCUGUGCAUCUAUGACGGAGAAGUUGGAGCGGACGGUUUUUGCAGAGGAUGAAAAAGGGUCGUUGCCAUUGCCGGCGGUCUCGAUUCCCAUGCGGACUACAUGAUUUGGGUCUGCUUUCUUGAGACUUUCUAUUGUUUUUCGUUAUUCUUCUACCAUCAAAACGGCUCUGUAACAAGCAUACGAGGUCUAUAUUCCGGUUUCUAUUCCGCGUGGUAAUUCGGUUUGGUGGAAUUGCAAGAAGUCGAAGAUGUAGUGGCAAUGCAUAAUCAUCAUCGACAUUCUUAGCGGUCACACAGCUCAUUGAGGUGGAC